AUGGCUAAUGCUCGAACUUUAAGGGAGUUGGCUGCUCCAAACUUUAAUCAACAGUCAUUAUGCAUUACCUUUCCAAAUUUAGAUGAAGAAACUCCUUUUGAAUUAAAGUUUGGCCUAAUUCAACUUUUACCUUUUUUUCAUGAUUUUUCAGGUGAGGAGCCUUACAGGGACUUGCAUGAAUUUGAUGUAAGUAUGAAACCCCCGGGGAUUACUGAGGAGCAGAUAAAAAUGCGAGCAUUUCCCUUUUCUCUCAAGGACGCGGCAAAAGAUUGGUUCUACUAUCUGCCACCAGGUAGUAUAACAACUUGGGAACAGUUAAAGAAGAAGUUUUUGAAAAAAUAUUUUCCCACGUCAAGAGCCGCCAGUUUGAGAAAGGAAAUAUACGGCAUUACACAGCAUCUAGGGGAGUCUCUCUAUGACUAUUGGGAGAGAUUCAAGAAACUGUGUACUAGAUGCCACCAGCACCAGAUUAGCGAGCAGUUUCUAAUUCAAUAUUUCUAUGAAGGUUUGUUAUAUACAGAUAGAAGUCUUAUAAACGCUGCUAGUGGAGCUAUUCGACAGUUGGCUGUAGGGAAUUUGCAGCAGGCCAAAACAUGUGGUAUUUGUAAGGGCACGAGUCAUCUCACAGAUUGGUGUCCAGUGUUACAAGAUGAAGGAGUUGAACAAGUGACCAUGGCUAGCAACAAGCAGCAGCAAGAUUUUCAACCGCAGUACCUCACGAAAUCUCAAUCUUAUUCAUCAAAUGCUCACAUGUCUUUGGAGGAUACGGUCAAGACAUUGGUUGCCAACACCAUGCAACUCCAGCAAAAUGCCAUUCAAUACCAACAAAGGACGGACACGAGCAUAAGAAACGUAGAAAAUCAGUUGAGUCAGAUGGUCUCUACAUUACAUCGCUUGGAGUCUCAAGAGAAAGGAAGACUUCCAUCUCAGCCUGAAAUUAACCCAAAGAACGUGAGUGCCAUUACCCUCAGAAGUGAAAAAGAAAUUAAAGGGCCUACGAUUCUGAAGGAUAAGAGUCAGGAUCAAAUUUAA